AUGCUGAUGGCUCUGGGCCAGCUGCUCUUCCAGAUUGAAGUGUUGCUCACCUUCCCGUUCCAGCUGUGGAGAGCGUACGAGCUGGUGAACCACCCCCGUUUGAUCCACAGGGCCCAGGAGCUCAAGUUCAAUCUCAGGCGCAUCGCUCUCUUGAUUAUCAUGUAUUCGGGGCCGCGUGUGCUACAAGUGGGAAUUUACGUUUCGGACGCCCCCUUCCGGGUCUCGCAGGGGAUCAUCGCCGGUUGCGCCUUUGCCACCAUGACGAUAGACCGGCAUGGGCGGAUAGGGCAGCAUCACAGAAACGUCGGAUACGAUCCUGGCAUGAGCGAGAAGCACGGUGCACUGCUGAUUCCGUUGACUGACGCUGACGUACGACACAGUCAGGCUGGGGCGAUAGCCCCGCUCUAUGACGUGACGACUGGUAUCAGGCAAUAUGGCACUGUAGCAUACACGGUGGCAAUGUCCCCAAACGCGCAUGAGGUCCAUGAUCUUGACGCGCUGACGCCCAGGGAGAUACAUGUCCCGUUUAGCUUCUCGGAAGCCAAGCAGUCAAUAGAAAGAGACGAACGACGCAUCCGCCAGGCAAGCGACGACAUAUUCCUGACUUUUCUUCACCAGGACGGGGCUUCUAAGGAUUUCCUAGGUCGGACUAAGCGAUCAGUGCUUGACGUACAUUUGAAGGACUUCAACGGCAAAUACUUCGCCACCGUGAGUGCACGACACCUAGAGGCGCAUCAGCAUUGGAUUCUGCCAACGGGCCACAUAUUUACGGAGAAUGUCCUGUUACGGGGUGGCAUUUGGCAGAUCUUUACGUUUUCCGAAUCGCCUGGCAACGAGCUGUCAUGGCACGUCACUUAUGACAGACGGCUAACAAUGGUUCAAGUCGUCACCCGCGCCAAGACCGGGUGCGUCGACGUGCUGGAGUCAAAGCAGCAGAUCCGAGCAGGACACAAUGUUAGUCCUUUUGACGCAGAGCUCGCUGCUGAAGUUCAGCAAGCACCAGGCUGGGAAGACGAUCUAUGCCUCGUGUGUCACAUGGGGCACAAGCCGAGGUACGGCAUGAUAGCUGGACAAUAUGCUGUCUGCCCGCCAUGGAAAUUGUGGGCAUAUCUGACCCGGCGCAUAGACAAGACGGACUAUGGUACAUAUAUGGGAGUACUGAACAUCUUUGAAUGGGACACGAUGGACCUUGAUGCCAUUGGUCUCACUGAGCCUACCGUAGGAUGGCGUCACUGGUGUUACGAGAAUGAAGAUUAUCUCCCAGAGCGCCUCGACAGUCUCUUGAAUUCGAUUGAAGACGAAAUCGAGGAGUUCUGGAACCAAGAGAAGAGUUGGCCGCCCCAGAAGAUGGAGGGAACAGGGCUGUGCGCCAUCGAGACGCGCGUGCACCCCGUGCUCCCUCCGUUAGGUGCGCCGAUGGCGUUCAGGGGCCGCGCAAUGCGCAGGCGAACGGGAUCGCGCACACCCGGCAGGGGCCAGAGCACAUACCAGGACGACGUGACGAGCAGGGUCAACCAGUACCGUAUCAGACAGGCAGCCUAUGAACUGGUGGCGUUCUUCACCACCGUUAGCGUCUCUCCCACGCAUCACAAAGCGGACGCUUGCGCUUCAUGUGAAGAACAGCUAGGGCCGGGAAAAGACCGCGGGAAGGGCGACUACAGCAACUGGUCCGAUCGGCGCAAUGACGACCGGGUGUCCACCGCGACCGCCGUGCAUACCAUCCCCGAGGCGCACGGCCAGUACGUGCGGGUGCUCGCGUGGGACCCCUUCCGCGAGAUCUUGAUCUCCGGAGGCGGAGACGGCCACGUCCGCUUCUGGGGCCCAGAGGGCCGCGGCUACGCUGGCAGGGGCGGGCUGGACGCCGAGCGGAGCGUGCGCUCCCUGCUGGUCCUGCCCGAGGAGCUGGUCAGCGGGCACAGCACAGGCGAGGUGGUGCUGUGGGCCAUGGAGCUGUGGGGCACGCCCCGGGUGCAGACGCUGCAGGCGCACCUCGAG